AUGAAGCAGAUAUUGGAUUUUCUGUGUCUGCUGGGAUCUCUCCUGCUUGUUGUAGCUCGAAACACUGUUCCGUCCUCAGAGUUUCAGCUGGACGGAGAUUAUUUGCUCGGUGGGCUGUUUGACAUCCAUCAUGUCAGCUCUCCUCUUCGUCUGGACAGACCAGAGGCCAUCGACUGCACCAGCCAGCCUUUCAUCCUGUCGAGUUAUCGGAGCUUUCAAGUGAUGAGAUUUGCUGUCGAGGAAAUCAACAACUCCACCAGCCUCCUACCAAAUAUAUCAGUUGGCUAUAUUCUGUUUGAUCAGUGCUCAGAUAGAUAUAGCUUCCCAAGCAUGCUCAACCUCAUCUCAGUGGCUGGCUUGCUCGAUCCUUGGGGUGACCUGCCCAAGAAUCUGAUGGCUGUGAUUGGGAGUUACACAAGUUCAAAGACAAUGAGUGUAGCUCCGCUCUUCAUGAUGGAUCUCAUUCCAAUGAUUAGCUAUAGUGCAUCUGCUUCGGCGUUUUCACAAAAGAAAGCCUAUCCAUCUUUCUUACGAACCGUGCAUACCAACAAAGACGUCAUUGAAAUUAUCGUCAGGAUUUUGAAGCACUUUAAGUGGCAUUGGGUAGCUUUCCUAUAUGAUGAUAAUAGUUAUGGUGAUGAUGGUCGAGAAUUAUUCAUAAGGAAGAUUCAAGAUACUGAGAUUUGUCUGGCAUACACCAAAGGCCUUGACCAUCAAACAGAUUACCCCCGAAUUUUCAGACAGAUAAAUACUCUGAGAGUACAUGUCAUAAUUGUUUUUGCUUCUGAAUGGAUGGCAGAAGUUCUUUUUGAAUCAGCAAUACAACAAAAUGUCACCAACAAGGUGUGGUUGGCAACGGAUGCAUGGUCCUUGAACAGAAAACUCCCCAAGACAAAAGGAAUCAGGAAUGUUGGGACUGUGCUUGGGGUUGCUGCACCUGCAACGACGAUACCUGGCUUCAGUGAUUUUGUCCAUUCUGCCAAAGCUGUUGCUCUUUGUGAAAAUGCAGAGCAAGAGACAUUUUGCAAUCAAGUUUUCAACUGCAGUGGGUUGAGUGCUGCAGAUGUCAUCGAUGCAGACCCAACCUUUUCUUUUACUGUUUAUGCUGCUGUGUACGCCAUUGCCCACGCCUUACACAAAACAUUACAAUGUGGAGCGAGCAGCUGUAAUGACAAUAUGACAGUGUACCCACACAUGGUCCUAGCAGAGCUGAAAAAGUCCAACUUUACACUUUUAAAUCAAACUAUACACUUUGAUGAGAAUGGUGACCCCAACUAUGGAUUCUACUUAAUAGUUUUUUGGAACCACAAUGGUGACGUGCAGGAGGUUGGCUACUAUGAAUUUUACCCACCUUUUCGUUUGGUCAUCAACAACACAGAAAUUCGUUGGCACACAAAUGGAGAAGUUCCAACCUCAGUUUGUUCUCAGGAGUGCCCUAUAGGACACAAGAAAAAGCCAGAAGGAAUUCACAGAUGCUGCUUCAACUGUGAAAUAUGCCAAAAUGGAACUUUUAUCAAUAUCACAGAGGAUCCCUACACUUGUGUCUCCUGCACUGAUGCUGAAUGGUCUGCAGAGGGAAGCACGUCAUGCAGCCUGCGGGUGGUGGAGUUUGUACCUUUCACAGACACUGGAGCUGUGGUCCUCACAGUUGCCGCCUGGGCCUUGGUGGGACUGAAUCUGGCUGUUUCUGUUCUCUUUGCCAUCAACUUUAACACACCUGUGGUCAGAUCUGCUGGAGGACCCAUGUGCUUCCUCAUUUUAAUCUGUCUCACUCUUUCCAGUCUCAGUGUGUACUUUUAUUUUGGUCAGCCAACAGCAGCUUCCUGUAUCUUGAGGUUUUUACCAUUUCUGCUGUUCUACAUUGUCUGUCUGGCCUGUUUUGUUGUGCGCUCUUUUCAGAUUGUUUGCAUUUUUAAAAUAGCAGCCAAGUUGCCAAAGCUUUACAGCUGGUGGAUGAAAUAUCACGGACAGUGGCUGGUCAUCACUGUGUCUUUUGCCAUUCAGGCCCUUUUACUUAUUAUUGGAUACUCUUAUGAUCCUCCCAAACCCUUCAAUGAAACAUUUUGGUACAGAGACAAAAUAGUUCUUGGUUGUGACAUUAAUUUGAACGCAACAUCCACUUCUGUGAUUUUCCUUUCAUCCCUUUGUUUCCUUUGCUUCAUUUUCUCGUACAUGGGGAAAGACCUCCCAAAGAACUACAAUGAAGCUAAAUCGAUCACCUUCUGUCUGCUCCUGCUUAUCCUCACAUGGAUCGCCUUUGCCACAGUGUACUUACUUUACAAUGGGACAUACAUCCAGACUCUGAAUGCCCUGGCAAUCCUCUCCAGUCUCUAUUCUUUCCUUUGGUGGUACUUCAUUCCAAAAUGUUUGAUCAUUAUCUUCCAACCCCAGAGAAACACACAGCAGUACUUCCAAGGUCUCAUUCAGAGUUACACCAAAACCAUCAGUCAGUAGCUGCAACAGUGAAAAUCCUCUAAAUACAUUCCGUAAAAUAUAAUCUAGCAUUUUCAGUAAGUGUAGAACGUGUAACAUUUCCCACAUAUAAAAAACAUAACCAUAAAAAUGCUUUAUGGUACAUCUUGAUUGAGGCAGAUUGACCCUGACUGACCGAGAUUAUUCUUCAAAUGUGAGAAAUACAGGAAACAUUCCACUUAUAAUUAGACCCAUUGUAUCCUCUAAAGCAGUGGUGGUCAGCAGUGGGCCAUAUGGUGAACCUUAUGAUCCAGCAGAUAAUGCAGGGUGCGCCACUUCAGUGAUUUCACUCUGCGCGGUUGCACACAUUGCCAAUGACAAAAAAUGCCCCUGCUCUAAAACAGAUAUGUGGGCAUAAAUGGGCUUUAAAUUAAUAGUUUGA